CGCCCUCGUUUUACAGCUUCAGAUGUCAAUCGCGCCUCUCGAGGACUUCACAACAAGAUGGCGACCCGUGUCGAUCAGAAACUGCUGCGGCAGACGAAGUUCCCUCCGGAAUUCAACCAGAAAGUGGACAUGACCAAGGUGAACAUUGAGGUCAUGAAAAAGUGGAUUGCCGGAAAGAUCUCCGAGAUUUUAGGAAACGAAGAUGAUGUGGUGAUCGAGUUAUGUUUCAAUUUACUGGAAGGAUCUCGGUUUCCCGACAUUAAAUCGCUACAAAUCCAGCUUACGGGAUUUCUGGAUAAAGAUACUGCCAAGUUUUGCAAGGAGUUAUGGUCGUUAUGUCUGAGCGCUCAGCAAAACCCUCAAGGCGUCGCGAAGGAGCUUCUAGAGGCAAAGAAGCUAGAGCUUAUCCAAGAGAAGAUUGAAGCCGAAAAAGCAGCGGAAGAGGCUCGGAAGAAGAAAGAGCAGGAGCGCGCACGGGAACGGGAGCUCGAGGAAAUCAGACGCAGAGAACGCUCAGACAGGGGCUGGGGAGGGAGGAGAGGCGGUUUCAGAGGCCGGGACUUUGACAGACCUCGCUCACCUCCGAGACGACGCAGCCGGGAUCGUUAUUGGGACCCGCCUUCAAGGCGGGAGUUCGAUUCGUACGUUCCCUCUGGUUCUCGCAGGGGCCGUCGGCCUUCUAGGUCACCCAGUCGCUCACGUUCACGUUCACGUUCACGGUCGCGAUCUGUGUCAUCAUCUCGUUCGCCGCCACCCAGGCGUCGCAAUGACCGCAACAGACGACGUCGAUCAGUUAGCGAUUCCAUCUCUCCAGACCGAGAGCGCCGGAGGCAGAGGAGACGUAGUCCUGAUUACGGUGAUCGAGCAAGAUCCAUAUCCCGCAGUGAUUCAUCGCGCUCACGUACUCCCAGAAGAGACCGAAGACGGAGAUCUGUUUCUUCCAGCCCAUCCCGCUCACCCGCCCCCAGAGACCGACACAGACGGAGGGACUCAUCUGUCUCGAGAUCACGGUCCCGAUCGCAGAGCCGUGACAGGAAGCACGGUCGGCGCAGAUCGUCGCCUUAUUCAAGAGAUGACAGGAGAGAAUCAACGGCUAAUGUUGCAAAGGGCCACAGAACCUGUGAUGAUCGCCGUUUGAGCCGCAGCAGAGAUCGCGGCGGGGACCGUAGGCGCCGGUACUCGACGAGCCGCAGUCGUAGUCGCAGCAGGAGCCAUAGAGGCCGUUCUUCUAGCAAGAGUCGUGACUCUCGUAGUCGCAGCCGCAGCCGCAGCCGCGCGGGAGACAGGAAGCGACGCCGGUCCAUUGAGAGAUAUGCUCCCAUCGCGCGACGAAGGCGCAAUUCCUCUUCUGUAUCCGUCCAUACUGAGAAACGACAGAGAAUGGCUGAUCAAAACGAGCACGCACCACGCAAGUCCAGGUCCCCGCCUCCCGAUGUUGAGAAAGUGAAGAGUCCUGCUAAAGAGGUGGGUGAAUGA